CCCUUCCCUCCCAUCGACCCCGUCGCCACGUACGCGGCCGGAGCGCCCCUAUACAAGCGCCACGUCGCCGGAGCGCCGUCGCCGCGUUCCCCACGGCUCUUCCUCCUCCGGCGAGCUAUAAAUCCCUCCCGCCGACGCAAUCCCCAUGGCAUCACCGCACGGUUACUCAUGCUCCUCCUCCUCCGCGAACCCUAACAACCCUUGGCCCGCCCCCUCCGCGCCGCCGCUGUACCCGACACUCACCAUGGCCGACCUCGCGCCCGUCGAGAUAGGGCCCGUCUCGUCGCCGACCGCGGGCGAGGACACCGGGCCCCCGCCGUCCGAGGACGUCCUCCUCCGGAUCCCCGGCGCGCAGCUCCACCUCAUCGACCGCAGCCGGAGCCACCCGCUCGCCGCCGGCGACCUCUCCCUCCUCCGCAUCCGCUCCGGCGACACCAACCUCGCCGCCAUCGCGCUCCUGGACCCGGUACAGUGGCCGCUCGCGCGGGACGUCGCCGCGGUCAAGCUCGACCCCUGCCACUACUCAUUCUCCCUCACCGUGCCGGUCUCCGCCGACGACCCCAACCCUGACCCGCUCCACUACGGCCUCACGCUCUCCCACCCCGACGCGCGCCUCGACGGCCUCCUCGCCACGUACACCAGCUUCUCCGUCCACUCCGUGGUUGGGACCAAGGAGUUGGAGAGCAGGGUGCGCGACGAGGUCGAGGCCGCGGCGUACUGGACGGCGGUGGCGCCAAAUGUGGAGGAGUACGGCGGGAAGGUGGCGAGGGCCAUCGCCACGGGCGCCGAGCACCUGGCCAAGGGGAUACUCUGGUGCGGGGAGGUGACGGUGGACAGGCUCCGUUGGGGAAAUGAGGUCCUCAGGAAGAGGAUGCAGCCUGGCGACGCCAACGCCGAGGUCAGCCCCGAGAUGCUCAGGCGGAUCAAAAGGGCCAAGAAGGUGACCCAAAUGUCUGAGAAAGUGGCAACUGGAAUUUUAUCCGGAGUUGUGAAGGUCACUGGCUAUUUCACAAGCUCAUUUGCCAACUCGAAAGCUGGCAAGAAGUUUUUCAACCUAUUGCCUGGAGAAAUUGUUCUUGCUUCACUUGAUGGAUUUGGGAAGAUCUGUGACGCCGUAGAAGUGUCUGGGAAGAAUGUUCUGUCCACAUCAUCAACUGUGACGACCGGGCUCGUAUCUCACAAGUACGGUGACAAAGCUGCCGCUGCAACCAACGAAGGGCUGGACGCCGCCGGCCACGCCAUCGGGACGGCGUGGGCCGUGUUCAAGAUCCGGCAGGCCUUGAAUCCGAAGAGCGUUCUGAAACCCACGGCGCUGGCCAAGUCGACCAUCAAGGCCAAUGUUGCUGAAGUUCGUGCCAAGCGCAGCAAGUAGUUCACCUUUGUAGCUGUACUGAUCAUGAGAAGCAUGUUCACCGAGAGGCGAAAGAUGUUUCAGGCCCAAAGCAAGCUUUUUAUGAAUGCUUCCGUUUUGCCACGACUGUCGGACGCACUGCUGCUGUCAGUAGCAGCAGCGUUUGCUUGUAAAUUUGUAUGCUGAAAACAAGAGCUUGCUGCCUUACAAGUGAUGGUGUGCUUUUCAUGGCAAUGUGCUAAAAGCUUACUGAAUCCUGGACUGUCAGAGACACUUGCAAA